GAGAAUCAAAGAGGUGGAUCCAAAAUUGAAAAACCAUGUUUCGCGCCAGAGCCAGUCUCUGGGUUCGAUUCAGGCUCGCCCAAACCAAACCAUUUUGCACCAACACCACAAAGCACAAUGCCAACAACAAUGCUGACAAGAUUGAAUCAAAUUUAAGCCGUUAUCACGAGGCGUACAAGCAACUUGACAAGCUCGAUUUCAUGACUGCCGCUAAAAUGCUCUUCACUGAACCUCCCAAAAAAAAGAAAUUCGGGAUUGAUUUCCAUCUGGUACAACUCUUCUUUGCCUGCAUGCCUUCAUUGGCUGUAUAUUUGGUGGCUCAAUAUGCUCGCUAUGAAAUGAGAAGAAUGGAGGCGGAACUGGAGCAGAAAAAAGAACAAGAGGAAAAGAAGAAGAGAGAGGAAGAAGAGAAAGCAAAGGAGUUGGAAUUAAAGGAGGCUGAAGAAAAAGCUAAAUCAAAUCCAGAGCUGUUGGAAGUGAAAACAAGACUAGGUAAACUAGAGGAGGCUGUAAAAGAAAUUGUGGUUGAAUCAAAGAAACAGUCAAGCGGCAGCAUUACGAAAGACCUAGAAGAUGGUGGUGAGAAGAAACAUCACACAAAGAGGGCAGUAGGAGACGCACAAAGCAGAUCAGAAUCAAACAAUCCAGUGGAGAAAGACCAUCUUGGUAAUCAGAAAUCUGGUGAUUCAACAACUGGGUUUAGUCAGAGUAAGUUAAGUGGAUCAGCACCCAGUAAUGUUGCUCCCCAUCAGGAUCAGAUGAGCAAGACCGAAAAUGGAGGGCCUUCUGACGAUGCUAAGAGAUAAGAGAAACCUUGUGUUCAUGAAACAUAGCUGCUUAUAACCAAAUCAUAAAGGCUUCACCGCUAACAGAGAAUGAAUAUUGCAUUAUGUACAUUUUGGUUGAGAGCCCAAGAGUGCUUGGCAUUUUUGAGCUAGUUUGAGCAACACAAAUAGGUGCUUUAAUUGACAACUUAAAUAUUCUGUAGAUGCAUCUGUUUAUGCAUAAAUAGCUUUUGCUAAUCAUUGUUGUUAAUUUUUCUGCCUGUAAACAGUACAUAAUUGAAGAGAUUUUUCCAGUUUGA